UCUCUUGUUUCUUUAACUAUAAUAUUCGUUGAAAGAUAUCUUUUCUCGAUGAACGAUCUUUCAUCAUUCAUAUCGGAGAAAAUUGAAAAAAUAUUAUACGAUAAAGAUAAAUACAUAAUCGGGGAGGUUAGUUCGGUGGCACUUGGUCACUUUGAUACGGGGUUGAAGUGCGAGCUGUGGCUCAUAAACGCAGAGAGGCAGUUAUGUAUGGUGUCGUCGUCGUCGUCGUCGUCGCCGUCGUUGCCGUCGUCGCCGUCGUAGAGAAGUCGUAGCUGGAGCGCCCUUAGUGCAGUGUUCAUAUAUGUACAUAGAAGCAGGCUUCCAACCGGCGAGUCGUGUAUUCAAGAGACGGAUUUUCAAAAAAGAAAGAAGGGAGGAAGGAAAGAGAAAGAGAAAGAGAGAUAGAGAUAGAGAUAGAGAUAGAUAGAGAUAGAUAGAUAGAGAUAGAGAUAGAGAGAAAGAGAGAGAGAGAGAGAGAGAGAAAGAAAAAGAGAAAGAUAGAGAUAGAUAGAUAGAGAGAGAGAGAGAGAGAGAAAGAGAGAGAGAGAGAGAAAGAGAGAAAGAGAUAGAGUGCGUGAUAAAGGAGCUUCGAAAAACGUGUCUACAGUGUCGACGGGGCUGACACCCCAAGUACAGGAGGUGUGCUAUAUGCAUCAGGAAUAAGGAGUAAAGUGUAUAAGAAGAAGGAGCGAGGAGGUGCGAAGGGGGAGUGGAUAAGCAAGUAUAGAAGGAAGGAGAGGAGGCAGACCGUCGCGACGGACGUCGCUGGACGUCGCGUGGGACCAAAGGAAGAAAAACCGAGGAACGCUUCUUCCCUGUGUCUGAUGAGCUCCUCCGUCGUACCGUUGGUGGUAAGAUGGCUGUGCAGCUGGACGGAGGAGGGAAGGAGGUCUUGAAAACACAAUUCGCCACGCGGGAAGGAACGUACAAGCUGAUGACCUUGUCGGAAUACUCGAGGCCGAACAGGGUCGGCUACACCAACAGCCAAGGGAGUGCGUCCGUCAGGGUAUCCUUCGUCACAUUGCCAGAUUCUUCAAAUCCCUCGGGAACGCAAGAACACGACGACCGAAUGUGUUUUAAUUUCGGAAAGGAGCUCUAUGUCUACGUUUAUCGUGGUGUCAAAAAGGCUGUGGAUUUGAACAAUCCCGUGGAAAAGAAAACAUAUAAAGGAACUAAUCCGACUUGCCACAAUUUUAAUCAAACUACAGCGACGGCAGAUAGUGCACCAUUAUUAGUAGGAUUUUCUACAGGACAAAUACAAUUGAUAGACCCUAUAAAACAAGAAUUCAGUAUGUAUAACGAAGAUAGACUUAUAGACAAAAGUAAGGUAACUUGCAUAAAAUGGGUUCCUGGUUCAAAUAAUCUAUUCUUGGUCUCUCAUAGUUCGGGUCAGCUAUAUCUGUAUAAUGAGGAACUUAUUUGCGGAACGACAGCACCUCACUAUCAAUCGUUUAUGUCUGGCGAUGGUUAUGCCGUAUACGUGUGUAAGGCAAAAUCUACCAGGAACCCUCUAUACAGAUGGGUGAUAGGUGCAGAGGGAUGUUGCAUAAAUGAAUUUGCCUUCAGCCCUUGCGGCUCAAAUUUGGCAGUUGUUUCUCAAGAUGGAUUUCUUCGAGUAUUCCAAUAUAAUAAAAUGGAACUUUUAGGAUCAGCAAGAAGUUACUUUGGUGGAUUUUUGUGCGUAUGUUGGUCGCCGGAUGGGAGGUACGUUGUCGUUGGAGGAGAAGACGAUCUUGUAACGAUCUGGAGCUUUCAUGAAAAACGGGUGGUAGCCCGCGGGCAAGGUCAUCAUAGUUGGGUGAGCGUUGUUGCGUUUGAUCCAUAUACCACGUCGUAUGGUGAUCAGGACCCUGACUUUAGCGGAUCGGAUGAUGAAACGAUGCCUCAUAAUAACCAUAAUCAUUUUCAUGAAAAGUCAAAUCGUUUGUCGACAACUUCGCAAGGAGUUCAUUCUAAUAGGAACUCUAGUGGGUCAGAACUGAGAGUGCCAGGUGGUACGUGUUACAGGCUUGGUAGCGUAUCGCAAGAUACCCAAUUGUGUUUGUGGGACAUCACGGAAGAUAUAUUAAGGCAGCCGGUAUGUCCUAAGCAGAGACCUUCCGCCGCAGGUUCUACUACCUUCUCUUCGUCGGGGACACACAAUAGCGGUAACGGUUCAAUGGCUAAUCAUCAUUUGAACAAUUCUAAACUCAAUAAUACAAAUAAUAUAAAUUAUAAGGAAAACGUGAGUGGUAAUAAUGAAAGUAGUAACAAUAGCGCGAGUACCAACGCAGCAGUGUCUACUGUAAAUUCGUUGACACAGAGGCUAGCAGGUCUUGGUUUUGGUGAACGUAAGGGUGAUAAUCACAAGAGGAACUUUAGCCUCACUAUGAGAGGUAGUGGUGCAUCUAAUAGCACGAUCGUGCAAAACAAUAGUGGCGAAAAAACGAGCACCAACUCGAAUGCGAGUAGUAAUAUGAACAGUGUCGUCGGUGCAAGUUUAGUAGGUGCAAAUAAGAAGGUCAGUUCGGUGAUGGACGAUCCAAUGAGAUUAAUAGGAACUGCCUAUUGUCCGAGGUUCGACGAGUGCCCAGUCCUUCAGCCAUUGGUGUGCAAAAAGCUGGCGCACGAGAGAUUGACUGAAUUAGUGUUUAGGAAAGAUUGCUUCGUAACUGCGUGUCAAGAUGGAUACGUAUAUACAUGGGCAAGACCAGGUCACAUGCCAGGCAUUGGACAGGUUGGUAAUGCUCUACACGUUGUCAGUCCAGCAGAAGGCGGGGGUACUAUAGUAUAGCCACAGUCUGAUACAAAUGUAGUAUCAAAUCAUCAUGACGAAUACGUCCCGUCGUCUUAUACAUUGCAAUUUUCAGAAUUACAACCACACACUCAUUAUCGUCAUUUGUAUUACGUGUGGCCAAGUGAAAAUUAUUCUAGUAUAGUUCAAUGAUCAUAGAGAAAAACGUUAUAUACGGCUUGAUGCACUUCUCCUCUUCAUUUAAUAUGCUAAAAGUCGUCCAUUAAUUCUCAUUUUCUUUGUCUUACAUAAGACAAAUGAUUAAUAUCAAAUUUAUAUUGAUAAAAACCUUUAUAAGAACAUAUUAAUUGGAAGAAUCAAAUUGUGUAUACAUGUAUAUAUGUAUACAUAUUUCGUGUCUUAUACUGCAGACUUAUUACUUAUUGUGUCAUUCCAACGAUAGAAGUUUAUUUAUCUAUAAGAGUUUCUAUCGAGAGAACUCUUUCAAUAAGAAGAAAGUUCCGUGUCUGUGAGAACGUUUGUACUUUUACCGUUCAUUGAGAAAUAUAUAUAUAUAUAUAUAUAUAUAUAUAUAUAUAUAUAUAUAUAUAUAUAUGUAUAUAUAUACUGCAGUACAGUUUGAAAAUAUAUAUUUAAGGGGAAUAAAAAAAGAAUUGAAUAGAAAAUUAUUGUAAUCAGUCAGAAUAAUGUGUAAAUAAGACAAAACUGAGAAACUACAUUGAAAUAGAAUAUCUUGAUUUAGGUGAUCUUCUUUGUCAAACAUCGGCAUAUAUUUUUUUUUUCCUAUACAUUGAUAUAGACCAGUACAAGAUUAAUAUUCUACAUUGAACUUGAAUCUAAUGCCUGCAUUAACUUAAUGUUUUUCUUUGAAACUAAAAUUUAUCGUGAUAAAAUAAAAGAUAAUAACUUUGACGAAUUUGGAUAAUAACUUUGAAAAUUUUCUGAAACAAUACGUGCUAUGGAAUUCAAUUUUUUGGAAGGCUCCUUCCAUUUCAAGUUCUAUAAAGAAAAAUGCCUAUUGCAUAGCAACAUACAUGUACAGUUAAUAAAAAGAAGAAGAAAAAAAAAAGAAACAAAGA